AUGUAGGCAAGCGGGCCCCCUUCCCCUUUUCGCAUGGAGCAGCUUCCUUGACGUCAGACCUAUGAAUAUUGCACGAAGAAGCCGGCUGGCGAGAGCGACGGCUGGCGGCAGCGCUCGAUGUAGGCAAGGCGGGCCCUUCGCCGGAGGGGAGUGCGCCGGGCACGAGGAGGCGCUGAUCGCCGCCGCCGCUUUGGAGAAGGAGGCCGCCCGGCGCCUGCUGGCCGACAGGGGAGCCGGAGGACUAGCGGCAGGCCGGCCGGCCAGCGCCGGUGGUGGCUGUGGCGGUGGCGGUGGCGCCGACGGCCAGGCGGGCUUCUUGCUGCUGCUGCCGCCCCGAGAGGAGGAGGUUGUGGGCUGCGCGCUGCUCCCGCACCGGGAGGUGGCCCCGGGGGGAUGUGACAUCAGCGCCGCCGCCAGGCAGUGGGGCAGGAGAGGGGGACGGCUGCCCGGCAGCGCCGCCGCCGCCGCCGCGGUCGCGCACUCGCUGCCGCCCGCUCCGGCUGCGCGUCUCCUGCCCGCGCCGUCCAGCAUGUCUUCGAAAGAGAGGCAGAAAAGCAAAGUGGUCAAGGAGAGCGUCACGCUGUUGCCUUGUUUUUAUUUCGUCGAGGUGAGUGGGGCAGACGAUGGGGGGGGGGCGCCAUCCUCUCUUUUUUCGGUGGGGGUGAUGGUGAUGAUGGGGAGAGAUGAUGUAAGGGGGCAGGAUCUGUCGCCUGCCCCACCUGGCACGCGCCAGGGUCAGCUUCCCAAAAGCAAAGAGCAGUUGUGCAUUAGUGGCGCGCGUGUGUGUGUAAGGUUGAGGUGGGUUGCCUGUCAACAUUAUUAUGUAUGCCUUACAUGGGUGGGGAGAGCCUGCUUGGCAUUCCUGCCCAGAAACUGGGUCUCCUCCUGAUCUCAUCUUUAAUCAAGGACUGGUGGGAGGGAAGAGAGGCAAUGUAUUUCCUUUCCCUUUGGAUCACCUUAAAGAACUGUUUCCUGAAAAACAAAAAAAAGAUCAGCAUGAUGCAUCAGGAAGCAUCGGUCUGUAGGAGUGUAAACCUGGCUUGAAAUUGGGGGAGGGGGCGAAACACAUACACACAGAGACUUCUUCCGCUGUUUGGGAGAAAUCAUUUCUUUAAGGAUUGAAGGAGGGUUGCAAAUGAAGAGGAGCUCACUUCACGUGCUCAGGAUCAUUCCAAUAGGAGAGCAAGGUUGGGGGGAGGCAGAGGGUUGUUCUACAUGUACAUGUAGCGGGCAUGCAUUAUUUGAGAAAAUUAAAAUUAAGGUUGGGAACAAACGUUUUUAGAUUGCUAAACAAUUGGUGUUGCAUUCUUGUUGGCAUGCACUUACAUGGUGAAUGUUCAGGUACAUGGGAGGUGCUUGGAUGCUUCCUGUUUCCAUACGUGGUCCGAGGUGUGAUGUGUGUGUUCGCAGAAGCAAAGCGGUUGUGUGAAUGCAUUUGCCUGCCACCCUUCCCCCACUGAUGGCUUCAGAGCUGUUAUGGCUGUUCUGUAUUGUACCUUGUUAGUGUUCCACAAGCACUCAUUUUUGUUCUUUUCUGACAGCGUGAUGUAUAGGCACUUGUGAACUGCUUCUUUUGCAACUGGGGCACAAAAAGGGAUUUCAUAUUGUACAUUUCGUUGAUAGCUCAGGAAAUGAGCAAGCAUAUCCUUGGAAGACCUGAGGCUAUGCCGAGGAAAGAAGUGUUGGACUGAGUCAGUCUGUGUUUGCUUCAGAGAUGAUUGACAAGAUGACUCAGAAAAAGUUGUAGAAGUCAGCCACCUCCCACCAUCACCUGGAGAAAAGAAGCUCAUUCCAUCCUAUCUAGACUCCCAGUGAUGGGCUCUGUGUUGACAUAAUAGGAAGUCUCUGGUCCAGGAUAGCCAAUAGCUGCUUCACAAAGCCUAGCUGUUGUGUCUCAUUUGCAAUAAUCAGAUGGCAUAUAGCAAGGUUGGCCCGCCAAAUAUAUUGUUGGACUCCAAAUCCCAUCGGCUCCAGCCAAUAUGGCCAAUGGUCAGGAAUGAUGGGACUUGUAGUCUAACAAAUCUGAAGAUCCACAGAUGUUCCACCUUAGUCAUAUAGAGCGGUUAAGUUUUAGAUAUCUGGAAUACAAGGACUGUAGAAAUUAUUACACUAAAGGUGUAAGGAUACAGAGACACUGAAAACUGAUGCAGGUAAAUGGGUGUUUUUAAAAUGUUCCUUGGGUGCAUUGUUUUAUUGAUCACUCAGAAAAGCAUUUAUUAUCUUGUUACGGGAAAUGCCCUAUAUACUGAAGCAUAAGUAUAUUCAGGGAAGAGUCUUCAAAGAUUCCUCAAGUUCUGAAAGGGGAAGGAGGGAAUGUGUGAGUUAUCCCAUGUAAGAAAAGUUUUAAGUCUUUCCCUAAAUGUCCUCCACCUCCUUAUUCUCCAUAAACAAGAAAUAAAAAUGGACAUUAGCAUCUGUGCCAGAGUGCUCAGAUGAUAUUAAAUGAAGAAAGCAGAAGCUUGGGGUCCUUACUCUCUCCUGGGCACGUAACAGAGUGGGAGGAGAUAAAAUAAUGGAUGGAAUGUUCUUCGUAGGCCCGUUCUGACUCUUGCAAAGUUUGGCCUAUAUUGGGAGAGAGCAGCUAUGACAUCACGGUCACCAUACUUUGAAAGGUAUGGUCCUCCUGACACCGUAGGGUAGAGUAAGGGCUGAAGCUCAGUGGUAAAGCAUCUGCUUUGCAUGCAAAAGUUCCCAGGUUUAAUUCCCAGCAUCUUCAAGUAGAGCUGGAUAUGUCCCCAAUCUGAAACCCUCGAGAGCAUCUACCAGUCAGUGUAGACAAUGCUGAGCUAGAUGGACCAAUCUAGAUGGACCAGUAGUCCAACUUGGUAUGAGUAUGCUUCCUAUAUUUCUUUGAAAAUGCUCCAUUGUUGAUAGGCACUCAAUUGAUGAGAUGCUUAAUUUUUGAAUUACUACAUCACUGCUUCCACUUGGGCCUUCUUUCAUCAUCCAUGGUCUUGGUUCAAUCCAAAAUGACAAAGUCAAGGGAGUCCAAGGAAAGUACUCAGAGGUUUCAUAUUAGUUUUGCUUAGGUAAGUAUAGCUGUUUGCUGAUUUCAGAACACAACACCCUCCGAAACAGGCUGCAGAGAGCUGAGCAACAUUGAUUAGAAGAAUCUAAUGAACAUGUGGGGAAUGGAACAUUAUUUAUUUCAUUGGAGCCGUUUCGAGCCUGGCCUUUUCAAAAUCAAUCCCAAAGCAGGUUACAACAGGGAAAAUUCAUAUUGCAUGCUCAACAAUUAAAAAAAAAACUUUAAACACAUCAAAAACCAUUACAACAAAUCAGAAUCAACUCUACUGACCAAUUUAGCCAAAUGCUUGUGUGAAUAAAUAUCUCUUUAAAGCAGAUGUAGUGGACCUUCGACCCUCCAGGUGUUGCUUAAACUAAAACUUCCAUCAUCAUUGGCUGUUGGUCCUGCCUGUUGGGGCUGAUGGGAGUUGUAGUUCAGCAACAUCUGGAAGGUCAAAGGUCCACCACCGCUGCUUUUGAAGGUGCCCACAGGCUGUCAGCAGCCAUAGGUUGUCCAGACUGUGAAUGGACGGCAUUCCAUAAUCAAGGUGGCGCGACUGAGAGCAUCAUCUCACAGGUUUCUACAUACCAUUCAUUGGCACAUGUCACAUUGUUAAGGGGGUGUCUCCGCAAUGUCUUAAAGUCUGGGCUGGUGUAUAGGGGAGUAACCGAUCCAAUGAGUAUGUGGGCCCUAAGCCAUGGAGGGCUUUAAAUGUCAACCCAAGCACCUUUGAACUUGGCUCAGCAGCCGACUGGUAGCAAAUGAUGUCAUUGCACUUCAAGCCCCCCACACGUGGCAGCAGGGGAAUGGGAAGCAUGAUGAUGUCACGUUAAUGCAUUUUGUUUCUCUGUCCAGGGGAGGGAGGAGGCUAUGUGGGCUGGCUCUCUCCCUCUUAAAUCAGAGAGUAUGUGGAGGCCGCCAUCGCUCCAGAAGAACCCACACAGAAUCAGUCUAAAAAUGGCUUUUAAAAGUCAUCACUUCAUUUUGUCGCCCAGGGAAUAGCUCUCAGAAUUGUAUACAGUACAGGGAAACCAACCAUUAAGACUUCACUGCACUGAACAAUGAAAGAAAUAAAACACACUGCUGGCUGUUAUUUCUCCAAAGCCAGCAGGAGAGGGCAAGGCAGCCCGCGGGUGUGGAGAGUGGGAGGGAAAGAAGAAAAUGUAAACUUGCGUGGUUUUAGGUAGCCACAGAGCAUGAGGGCAACAGUGAAGAGCAUGUAAUAGAGAUAUACUUGCAUGCAGAGGAGAGAACACUUUCUCAGGUGGGGCGUUUGAGAAGGGGAAUGUUACUCAUUUUGGAAUGUGGUGUGUUCAAUGAGGAUUCUCAUGUUUGGAUUUCCAUGGUAUGGAUGGCUCCAGACACAUAUCGCCCUCAGAACUGCAGUGAGGUGAUUUACAGUUCAUGAAGUGUACAGUCUAUCAGGGUUCUCACUCAUGUGGAUGAUCUUUGAGUGCAUAGGCCUCCCUCACAAUAGCACCAAAUGGGAGGUCAGCAGAGGGCAUGGCCCAGGGUGACUAUGUAGCCUACUUUACAAAGGACAGUCCUCUGUUUGAUAGUGUCCUCUAUUUGAGGGUCAUCCAGUCCAGGGUUGCAGUCACAUUCAGGGUUGCAUACCUUAAUAAUAAUAAUAAUAAUUUUUUCUUUAUACCCCGCCCUCCCCAGCCAAGGCCGGGCUCAGGGCGGCUAACAAGCAAUAAUAAAAACAAGUUGAAUGAUUACAACUUAAAACAAAUUAAAAUACAACAUUAAAAUAUUGAAACAUUAAAAUAUUAAAAUGCCUCAUUAAAAUGCCUCAUCGCAGGAGCAGAAGGAAAAGAAAAAAGAGAGGGAGGGAGGGAAUCAAAUUGGCUCCAAGCCAAAGGCCAGGCAGAACAACUCUGUCUUACAGGCCCUGCGGAAAGAAAUCAGAUCCUGCAGGGCCCUGGUCUCAUGAGGCAGAGCGUUCCACCAGGCCAGAGCCAGAGUUGAAAAGGCCCUGGCUCUGGUUGAAGCUAAUCUAACUUCCUUAGGGCCCGGGACCACUAGGGUGUUGCUAUUUACGGACCUUGAGGCUCUCCGUGGGGCAUACCAGGAGAGGCGGUCCCAUAGGUACGAGGGUCCUAGGCCAUGAAGGGUUUUAAAGGUCAAAAGCAGCACCUUAAAUCUGACCCUGUACUAAGCACUAUGAUACCACUUUAAACAAUCAUGGCUUCCACCCAAAGAAUUCUUGGGCCUCCGUAAAUAUGGCCUAAGACUGGUUUUUAAAUACCAUAGAAAGAGAGAGCAAAAGCUUUGAAGAUGCCCAUCAACAAGUUUUCAUCACUUGAUCUGCAAACUAAGCAGGCAGACAAAUCACCUCUGGUGUCUUCUCCACUACGGUUAGAUGUGUCGCAUUUCUGUUUCAGUUAUAGUAAGUAGUACCGCAUGAGAAUCUUAUGAAAAUUGGUGUCCUCUUUUGGGAUCACGCACACUCUUGAGCCUAAGUCUGUUGCUACCACCCAUCUUCACAUUCUGUUUCUGAACAUCCUGGCAGAUGGGGUUUCCUGAGGACCUGCAGACAGAAAGGAUUUAGCAAACCUGAGUUAUAUGUGGAGCCCUUUUUUAAAAAAAGAAAAGAAAAAGGCAACUUUCAAAACUCAUACAUGAAUAUUACAUCAAACAUAACACAUUUAAACAUCAGGCAAGGCUUUGUGGAUUUGUCAGGGCAAACAAAGAACUGUUAGAUGGAGGUAAGAUUAAUUUAGCAAAUCGUUUCAAGUGUGGGAAAAGGAGAGUGACAUUUUCUGCUUAUCUGCUGGGAAUCUUUGUGUACAAAGAAGGCAUACAUACAGUGAUAUGAGCCCCUGAGGUGGCUACCAGCUCGAGGAGAGCAAGGCCGAAGUUCUGUAUGGUAAGCAGGGAAAUUAGACUUCUUUUCUUAAAGGUCAUUGAUUAUUCCUAGAAAGCAAAAGCAAGCCAAUCGUCUAGCCUGCCAGAGGUUGUUAACAGCCAGCGUCACAGCCAGGCAAGCACUAGAGGUGUUCACACGGACAUUCAACGAUCGUAUUAUCUGUUACCCUGUGUACACCAUACCUGAGCUGUGUAAAGCAACAGGUCUACACUCUUUCACGCAAACACAGUGUAGAACUGGUGCUGUUCUGGAUGCCAAAUAAUACCACGUUUGUAAGAAAUCCAUCUUUUAGUGUGGCAGCACCUAUACAUUGGAACUUUCUUCCUCUUAACAACCUCAGUAUUUAAACCUUAAAUGGAGUUAGGCUUGUGUCCCAAAAUCAGAUGCAGAGAAUCCUUAACCUCCAACAGAAAAGCCGGGCCUUCUGGCCCCAGGGUCAGAAAAUUAGGUGCUCUGGCAGAGAUGUGAGUUGCUUGGUGAAAGAUCCAAAUAGGAUCUGAACUUCUUUUGAGGUUCAUAUUCAGAGCAGAGCUGGGGAAACCCAAAGAUCUACCUGGGCUGAUACUUUAAGAUACUUACCCUCUGCUAAUGUUACAGUUGUCUUUGUCCACACAAACCUCUCCAUUCUGAAGGAAAUCAGCCCUGAGUGCUCACUGGAAGGACAGAUUGUGAAGCUGAGGCUCCAAUACUUUGGCCACCUCAUGAGAAGAGAAGACUCCUUGGAAAAGACCCUGAUGUUGGGAAAGAUUGAGGGCACAAGGAGAAGGGGACGACAGAGGACGAGAUGGCUGGACAGUGUUCGCAAAGCUACCAGCAUGAGUUUAACCAAACUGCAGGAGGCAGUGGAAGACAGAAGUGCCUGGUGUGCUCUGGUCCAGGGGGUUACGAAGAGUCGGACACGACUAAACAACAACAACAACAAUGUUACAGUGGUACCUCAGGUUAAGAAGUUAAUUCAUUCUGGAGGUCCGUUCUUAACCUGAAACUGUUCUUAACCUGAGGUACCACUUUAGCUAAUGGGGCCUCCCGCUGCUGCCGCGCGAUUUCUGUUCUCAUCCUGAAGCAAAGUUCUUAACCUGAAGUACUAUUUCUGGGUUAGCCGAGUCUGUAACCUGAAGCGUCUGUAACCUGAAGCAUCUGUAACCCGAGGUACCACUGUAUUUGUAGAUCCUACAAGGUAUACAACACUUAAGUUGAAUCCUGACUCCAUUUAAGGCUUAAACACUGAGGUUGCCAGUGCAGUUAUCCAGUGUCGCCACCCACAUGGUCUUGACAACAAGGCUCAGAGUAAAUUCAAAGGGAAGGCAAAGAUAAGGGGGGAGAAGUGUUCGGUUUAUAAUCAUGGACAAAGGAUAGCAUAAAUUGUCUGGAAGACGCAACCCUUUGCCUCUGUGCGGCUCUUACAGUUGAGAUGGUUUCAGAAUUAAUACAAAGGCAGACAUGUUCGUGACAUGAAUUUAACUAUGGAUGGAUUCAGCCCACCAGCUUUCACUCAUGUUAUAAUAUUCUGAAGCUGCUACAUUUGGAAGCCUGUUGGGAGCUCACUUUUAUAAGUCUGUCAAAAAUGCAACCAACCCAAGGACUACCUCAUUUUAUUUUAUUUUAAAGCCCAAGAACACGUGACUUGCUGAAAACGUGGUGCUGGAAUCAGUUUGCCAGUACUGGGGAAACUGGUGCCUAGAUAUACGAAUAUACCUUCUAUUGCUUUAGUAUACCCAUGAGUCAGUGGCUUUUUUCAUGGUAUCCCCAUGAACCUUGGUUCAACCACUUGCCAGGUUGCUUGGGAGAAAUGCCUCUGGCCUUCUGCCGGCAGUUUCAUAGCUCUAGUGUGUCCUUGUUCCCAGAGGCAGCUUGCAUAUUGGCAGUCACUAGAGACAGGGCCUCAAAUAUGUGGAACAUAUACGUUUGGCCCCAAUGCACUUUCAAACAAGAUUUGAAAACUCAUUUACUUGAAGCAGCCUUGAGCCGCAGUGUUGCGCUUACCAUUUCAAACCAUUUACAUUGUUGCUGGUUUUAAAGAAAUGUUUUUUUCUUAAUUGCUUACGUUGAUUUUAUAUGAGAGUUGUCCUGGUGCAUUGUGAUGUCCACCACUGAGAAGAGAUGAUGGCCCAUAUAUCUGAGGAUAUGGGCUAGAAACAAAAGCAAGUUCAGGACCAUAUAUCUGAGGAUAUGGGCUAGAAACAAAAGCAAGUUCAGGACCAUGUAUAAGCGUAGGUGCAGGAUCAUAGCUGGAAGUCGAGCAGCUGAAGUAGAUAGAGAAAAUUGUCCUGGAUCUACUUCCAGAGCUUUGUAAUCUGGGCUAGGUGGUCAAGAUCAAAGAUAUGAAAUGCUGCAUCUGGUCAGUCAAAGGCUCAGUGCAAUUUUCUGCAGCCAUUGACUUCUAGGGAACAGGAUUUCAAGUUGCUAAGAGUUCUUUUCAGAUCCCCCUGGUAAAUCUGGUGGAUCUCUCUUCUCAGGGCAAUGAGAAGAUUUCAUUUACAGAUCCUUCAUCCACAACCCUGACAAGUAUAAAUGGCUCGUGUGAGACAUAAGUUGCUGCUGGAUUCUCUCUGAUGUUAGUCAUUUUAUUAUAUUGAUUUUUGUUCUAUUUAUAUUGUUUGUGUUACAAGGUUUGCAAUGAGGUAUUUUUAUGAAUUGCCAUAUACCAACCAGCUUGGGAGCCUUCAGGUUUAAGAGAGGGAUAUUAAGUAAUAAAUAGACAAAUGUUGUGCUUAGUAUGAAAUAAGAGCAUAAGAAUAGCCUUCUGGAUCAGGCCACUGGCUUUUAUUUCAUACUAAGCACAACAUUUGAUAGCCCUCUCCUCAUGAAUUGGUCUAAUCCUUUUUUUUAAAUGCUGCUGUUUUAAUUGUUUAGUUUUACUGUAAUGAGAUGCUUCAGCUUUUAUGUCUUGUUUGCAAAGUUGCCUUGGGAGGGCUUUGCCCUGCAUACAGACAAACUGGUGACCUAUAUUACAGAGAGCCGGCCUUUAUUUGACAUGUCCAAGUCUAAUCUAAGGACAGAUAAUCCUAAAAAGGGCUAGCAGGGACCUUAAAUUCGUCCAUCAGGGUUUAGCAACUGAGGUCACCUGGUCACACUCUUCCCCCAUUAUUGUAGUUUGUACUGUGUUUUGUUUUUCAAAUCGUAGUAAUUAUUUCUAAAUUUUGGAUUUUUACUAUCAAGCUCUUUCCCACUUGAUCCAUCCCUAUGUUGAGAUCAUUUGCUCUUUCUGUCUCCACAGCUGCACUUCUGCCUAUGGUGCUGAAGCAGCACUAUAGUCCUUGUCCAUGGUGCUGAACUUUCUUUUGAUUGCAGCCUAGGCUCAUCUAGACUUCUUCUUGUCCUGCCUCUUUCCACUGGGAUAACCCAAUAUUUACAGCUGAAUUGGAGCAAACUUCUAUCAGGUUUUCCAUGGACUGAUGUUUGUGCCAAUUCAACACUAAAGAGCGGAUUUUCCCAGUCAAAGCAAUGGGGAAAGCGGAAAACCACUCAGACCCGUGCUUUCUAGGCAAGUGAAAGCUGCCUGUUUCAGAGCACUGGGCCUGUUAUAAUUAGUCAUUAAAUUUGUAUAUCCAGAGGUUAACAGAAGUUAGGCUAUUCCUUUCCCAAAUUAGGGCACAGCUGGGCCACCAGCCAAAACUGAUGGAAGGCAACUGCACCACCGAGGCCACCUGAGCCUCAAGCAACCACAAAGGAUCGAUCCAGGAGUACUCCCAAGCUCCAUAACCACCACUUCAGAGGGAGGGUGGAUUGCUCUGUCCCAUGAGACUAGGGCCCUUCAGGAUUUAACUUCCUUCCAUCAGGCCUGUAAGACAGAACUAUUCUGCCUGGCCUUUAAUUUGAAUUCAGCCUGAUCUUUUAUUUCCCUUCUCUUCCUUACCCCUACCCUUUUAUGAAGAUCACCCGCUCAGAGACCCCACAGCUAAUUCUCCCCUGGCCUCUUCGCUGGCCCAAGUAGGACCAAUUCAGCCAGCUAGCCCUGGGGAUUAUCUAAUGCUUAUUUCCACUAAAUUGAUUUUUGAAUUUUAUUGUUAUUCAUGUUUUUAUACUGUAUUUUAUGCUGCUUUUAUAAUUAAGUGUUUUAAAUUUGAUGUUAGCUGCCCUGAGCCCAGUUUUUGAACUGGGAAGGGCAGGGUAUAAAUAAAUAAAAAUAUUUAUUAUUGUUAUAAGAGCAGGCAACCUCACAUUGAAAUGGAUACAGAAAAUCAGUUCCCUCCCACAGUUCACUUUACAUCUGUGGGUGUCGCAGUGGAUGUGUUAGACUGUUGUCUUGCCUCGGUAACAGACUCAAUGGGAGCCAAUAAACUGAAGCUCAAUCCAGAUAAGAUUGAGGCAUUGUUAGUGGGUGGUUCCCUAGACUGGAUAGAUGUGACCCUAUAUAAGAGAGAGACAUGGGAAACAUAACCUUGUUAAUUCUCCUCAACCUCUUAGUGACGUUUGAUACCAUUUUUUUAUAUUUUUGAUAUCCUUCUGGAGAGGUUGUCUGAGUUGGGGGUAGGUGGCACUGCUUUGUGGAUGCUCCGGUCCUCCUUGGAUGGUCUCUCCCAGAGGGUGAUGCUUGGGGAGUGCUUUUCAGCCCCAUGGAGCUAAUAAUAAUAAUAAUAAUAAUAAUAAUAAAUUUUAUUUAUACCCCCACCCUCCCCAGCCAGAGCCAGGCUCAGGGCGGCUAACACCAGUAAAAUUACAGUAAGAACACAAUAGGGGGGGACAAUUUAAAAUACAGGUUAGAAUGCAAUUUAAAAUGCAGCCUCAUUUUAAAAGUAGCUCAUAGAUCAAAACCACAAGGGGAGGGAAACAUAAGGGUCUGACUGAGUCCAAACCAAAGGGUAGGCGGAACAGCUCUGUCUUGCAGGCCCUGCAGAAAGAUGUCAAGUCCCGCAGGACCCUAGUCUCUUGUGACAGAGCAUUCCACCAAGUUGGGGCCAGUACUGAAAAGGCCUUGGCCCUAGUUGAGACCGAUCUAACCCCCUUGCGACUUGGGACCUCCUAAGUGUUUUCAUUUGUGGACCUUAAGGUCCUCUGCGGGGCAUACCAGGAGAGGUGGUACCAUAGGAGUGGAGUUCUUCAGAGUUCAGUUUUAUCCCCUAUGCUAUUUAACAUCUACAUGAAACCGCUGAGCAGCGUUCAAAACUCCCAUUGUUCUAGGUGCGUUUUGCGAUGGGGAGUUUCAUUAAUGCAAGCAGUUUCUGAGCUAUGGGCACAGUACUGAGCCCAAGAUUUCAGUUUAAAACUGCUACUGCUGGAAGAAAAAGAAGACCCUUUUCUGCCUCCUCACUUCCAUCCACUCUCUGAAGACUGGAGAAGGGACCCUCAUAAGAAUAUUAGGGGGGCAGGCAGGGGAAGUAUGGCUUUGUUUUUUGCAGUCUUCAGAUGAGGACUAAGCCAUGUGAAAAACGAACAUAAGAUUUUAGCUGCAGUUCAUUCAUUUUCAGCUUUGCAUUCUUGUUAUAAAAGAGCCCACCUAAACACUCCAUUGUGGUGCCUAUAACCUCGGUUUAAUGUGCCACUCAGCUCCUAGCUUUCAUAUCUCAGUUUCUAACACUGCCGCUGAGUGGGGUCAUCCGGAGUUUUGAGUACGUUGUCAGCAGUAUGCUGAUGACAUGCAGUUCUGCUUCUCCUGCACACCAGUGUGGACCAAGGAAAUGUGCUCUCUGAAGGACAUGAAGUAACUUUGUUGUGUACAUUUUGCAGAAGGAAGACGAUAGCUUUGUGUGUGUAGCAAUGGAUUACAGUGGGGCUGCCACUUAAGCGAGGGUUCAGGUCCAUGUAUCCACAUGCAAAGGCAAAAUUGCAUUAAGUCAGGAACCCGCAGAGCUGCACACCUGCUUCAUAAGCAUCCCUACCUGUCUGGAGCUGGCCUUGCUCUCUGCAUUGCUUAGAGUUGGGAAGGAGGAAUGAUGUAACCAAGCAGAGUGGACAUCCUCAGGAUCCAUAGUGAGAAGCAGUUGGGCUAAGUGGGUUUAAGGUAAUGAUCAUAAAGUGGAAAAACAUGUCACUCGUCAAAGAACAAGCUAAGCCAAAUUGUGGUUGUCAGAACAAUAGUAUUUAAAACAAACUGGCCUGUCCAACCGUGUAUUGUUUAAGAAGCUGCACUAGCAUGUUCUGCAAUAUAUUCCUGGAGAAUAAAAGCUGCAUCGUCUGGAAAAAGCAGUAGCAGGAUUUGGGAAACCCUCAACCUCAUGGAAAUAGAUUAACGUCUCACUUCACGAAUUCCAAGGCUGAGUCAUGGCAGCGAAAAUAAAUGUGUCUGGACUUAUGCCCAACUCAGGCCAUGCCCUGCCUCAUCACUCUCUGUCUUGCAAAUUGAGCACCCAAGCCAGCUUCAUUAAAUUUACUGAGAAGCUUCCAAUGAAAUCAAUGGGGAGUGAAGUACACCUAGCCUUGUGCAGGAUUGUGGCCAUUGAUUUUAUACCCUUGGCCUGGAAACACUCACUAGAGGGUCAUGCAGUGCCUCUUGGCACUGUGAUACAGUGGUACCUCGGGUUAAGUACUUAAUUCGUUCCGGAGGUCUGUACUUAACCUGAAACUCUUCUUAAUGUGAAGCACCAUUUUAGCUAAUGGGGCCUCCUGCUGCUUCUGCACUGCCGGAGCACAAUUUCUGUUCUCAUCCUGAAGCAAAAUUCUUAACCUGAAGCACUAUUUCUGGGUUAGCAGAGUCUGUAACCUGAAGCAUAUGUAACCCGAGGUACCACUGUACAGUCUUAGGACACCCCCACACUAUAGAUCUAUAUUGGCCAGUUUAAUGGACAUAACAAGAAUUUUGGGGAUCCUAGGUUACUCACGAGGCAAAUGAUUCUGUACCAGACCCCCGGGACCCUUCAGGGAACAAUGGUUCGAAGGGUUCCUUAAGAAAAGGGAAAUGCUAUUCAACCAUAAAGAAGAUGCCUACUGGAUCAGACCAAAGGCUAAUCUAGCACAACAUCUUGAUUCCCACAAUGGGAUGUCUCUUGGGAAGGCCACAAGCAGGGCAUGAUAGCAACUGUCCUCUCCUUCUGUGGUUCCAGAGGAAUUGGGAUUCAGAGUUAUUCUAUCCCUGAUAGGAUAGCUCAGUUGGUUAGAGCAUUGUGCUGGUAAUGCCAAGGUUGCAGGUUUGAUCCCCAUAUGGGACAGCUGCGUAUUCCCAUUUGGGACAGCUGCAUAUUCCUGCAUUGCAGUGGUUUGGACUAGAUGAUCCUCAGGGUCCCUUCCAACUCUACCAUUCUAUGAUUCUUUGAUCUUUGAACCUGGACUAGUACUAGCCCAUGAUAGCCUUACACACUUGCAUUUGUCAACCGCCCCCCAUUGAAAGCCAUCUGACUGAGAGGCUCUCUUCAUUAGUCUCUGACAUAGUUAUGCCCCUGAGAGUACCACCGUAGCACUUUAUACUGACAGGUCUAGAGAAAAAUGGCAAAUAUUGAAACCUAUCCAAUCAUAUAAACAAGGCAAACACUUGCAUAUAUGCCGUUGAUAAGUAUGAGUUUCUUUUUUUCUUGCUUUCACCUCCUGUGCACAGGAUCAGAAGUGAAAACUGAUCAUUAAUGUAUGCGGGCUGCGCAUGCACAUAUAUGCAAAGCAAAGUUGUGACGACUGUGCUUUGGUCUGCGUGCGUGCAUCAAAAAGAAAAAGAACGUGAUUCCUUUGUUUUAAAAUGCCAGCAUGGAUACAGCGUUAAGGGAACAAACCCUGUUUCGAUCAUUCAUUAUCCUGCAAAUAGCAAGUUGUUCCUUUGUUAUUGCAUUAUGUCAUAUUAGAAAAAGUGGGGGGGGGGGGAGAAAUUAUGCAGAAGUCUGGUUUUUUUAUCCUCCAGAUGGAGUGGGAUUUAGUCCUCACAUGUUGCAGGGAAAGUUACAAGGACACAGAUUAUUUGAUGAGUUACAAAGGGGGAGGUGGAAAGCAAGGAGGUAAAUUAUAUAAUUAACUCUUGCAGUGCCAAUAUCACAUGUGAGCAGCGUUGCAUUCCUCUACGCUUAGCACCAUGGGACACGGGGGGAUUCCAGAAGCAAAUCUGAAGGUUGUGGUUGCUACCAUACCUGCAUCAACUCUACUUGUGAUUUUUAAAUUGUGGUGUUUCAAAGCUUCUAAAGCAGUGGACAUUUAAAAGCCUAUCUAAGCAACAUCUUCCUGUUUUAAAAGCUGUAUGCUUCAGUCCCCCAAAUGCUUGACCAGUGAGUAAGAUUGACUGACAGACAUGCUGUUUCAAGUGUCUCUGAGAAUGCAAAGAGUGCCUUAUUCUCAAAACUGGCUUUUCCAUAGCAUGCUGUCCAUAAUAUAAAGCACAUAACUUAAACUUCAGUGUGUGCAAUUGGUGUGAUGGUGGAAUUGUGCCUUAUUUUUUAUUCAUUCCUACCUCCACUUUCCUCUCCCUAUCUUCCUCUCUUUCUCCCAUGUCAGAUGGUAAACUUUAGGGACUGGAGUCUGCUCUCUUGUACUGUGUACAGCACUAUGUCACUAUAUAAGUUAUAAAUAAGCAUGUAGCGUAGAAGCCCAAAGAUGAGUUCUUACCCAUCUAUGGAACGUACUUGCUCAUAGACACUUUGCAUCUGGAGUAGCUGGUGGAAGAGGCAGGGAACAGACAGGGAACAGCCGACAAGGGAAGGAGGCAUCUCUGUAACUGCAGCUGAUGGACCUGCCACUGCCUGAAUUGGACAGGAGCUUCCUGUCAGCUGUUAGGUUACAUGCUGAUUUGACCCAUUUCAUUUCAUUUAGAGAAGAUGUGUGUUCAGGAGUGUCAAGGAGUGAAGGAAAGGCACUAGCCCUGCCCUUUGCUAUGUUCAAAAAAAUUCCCUUUAUCAGAACAGCAUCUGAUGGCUGCUGUACAAGAUCUGGGCCUAUGCUGGCUACAUGUUUGGCAGUUAUACUCUCUUCUUCUAAGUAUGUCCAAUGUGAGAGAAGCAGCCACCAGGAAUUUUAUUUCAUUGAGGCUUCGGUUAGAUCCAGAACACACACAGCACUUAAACUCUUUGCUGUUAGACCUUCAGUUUUCUCCCCUCCCUCCCUGGGCAGGUUCCAACCCCUCUCUGUUUAGGACAAUCCAGCAGCCUCAGAUCAGGUUAGCAAACCCUCCAAGUGUCCCUAUUUUCCAGAGACAGUUCCGGAUUUACACAAGCCGCCCCAGUUUCUGAUUUGAUCUUGGAAUGUCCUGCUUUCCCUUAAAGGUAAAAGUAAAGGGACCCCUGACCAUUAGGUCCAGUUGUGACCGACUCUGGGGUUGCGGCGCUCAUCUCACUUUAUUGACUGAGGGAGCUGGCGUACAGCUUCCAGGUCAUGUGGCCAGCAUGACUAAGCCGCUUCUGGCGAACCAGAGCAGUGCACGUCAUUGGAGAAGUGUUGGAGGGUAUGGAGUUCUGUGACCUCUGAGUCAAGGAGAUAAGUAACUAUGCAAACUUUAGAAGACAUCUGAAGGCAACCCUGUACAGGGAAGUUGUUUAAUGCAUUCCUGCACGAUGUGGUAACCUAUCAGAAUGAUAGAUCUGUUUUGAGCAUGCUUAGAGCUCUUUCUUUGAAGGCCAGAUUUCCUUGUAGCUUUCAGCAUGUUCUGAUAACCAGAGAAGCAACAGGUAGUGUUUCCUACAUUGGAGAGCUUUUGUUUAUUUCUUUUGCAUUUCAUUUAUGGCCUUCUGAGAGAGAGAAAGAGAGAAACCGGGAGAGAGCACAAGCAAGCAAUGCAAUACAAACGCAUGCAGAGACAGAAAAAAUAAAACAACGAUGCAAUAGGGAGGAAAACCUGAAAGCAACUGAGAAUACAAUAUAGCAUUCAACUAUCUCAUAUUUAAAAGGGUUGUAUUGGUUACACUUAUUACUUUUACUGUGUUUUGUAGAGAUACAAACAAGGAAAUCAAUAUGGACGCCCUUAAAAAGGACCAGACUUCCUAUAAUUUGAACCCUACACAAGAACCAAACCCAGCGGCCUGUCGGCCAUGUUACCUUCAGACAAUGGCUGAGAUUAAUUUACUCCCAAUUAAGGAAGCCCAGCACACUGAAGAGAACACUACACCACCUCCAAUAAAGAGAACCAUCCCGAAGGUGAAUUCACCAGGCUCUUGGGACAAGCUGAGGUAUCUAGAUGAGGCGGAAUUAGGCCACAAUCAGGUUCCGGAAAAACACCUACGGAAAGAGAUAACACACUUCAAAGGCCCGGUGACCACUAAUGUCAGUAUUCAACAGUUAACAGCCGAAACUAUAGAACAUUUGGCUAGUUUGCCAUGUAUGGAGAGCAAUGGGCCGGCUCAUAAAAAAGUAAUCCCUAAAAGCACCUUGGGAAAUAAUUGACAAAGAUUAGACCAGAGACAAACACCAGCCGGCUCCCUAUCUCCGCGGAAAUCCGAUAUCAUUAGAUACGAACAGACUCAACCCUCACUCACAAAUCAAGCAAAAGCAGUUGUUUCCUUGAAAGACGCACCCAACCUACCCCAGAGCCUUAAAAUUGUCUCCUGGAAUGUUAACGGCUGGGCGACAAAGCAAAUGGAUCCUGAAGCAAUGAAUUUCAUCUCUUCUUUCGACAUUGUAUGCCUCCAAGAGACCUGGUCCCAACAAAGUAUUGUUCUCCCAAAUUAUUGCUCCUUUAGCUCCUGUGCUCAGUAAACUAACCAACAGGGGUCGCCCCCAAGUUGGCCUCGCCUGUCUUAUUUCAACCAGCUUACUUUCUCACCAUAAAGAUUCAUCUCCCAAAGACCAAAAGCCCAUGGUUGAUAACUACAGUAUAUCUGCCCCCAGCAAUUAAUGAUUUCGACCGCAAUGAAAGGUGGUCUGAACUUUCGUCUUGGCUCCAUGAUCUCCAAACAACUAACCCAGGACUCCCUCAAAUCCUCUUAGGCGACUUUAAUGCAAGAAUAGGUCCCAACGACGAUGAUAUAAUAUCUCCCGCAGCACUCCUGGACAAUCCCCUGCAGCCCCCCUGGGGAAACAGAUGCUCUCUUGAUCCUAUAACAAAUGCGUCGGGAGGCUGAUGGCCCAACUGGCCAUGGAAAACGAUCUCUGCAUCGCAAAUGGUAACAUUACUCCCUUGUCCUCGCAGCAAUUAACGUGCAUCACUUCCCGGGAACCAGUGUUGUCGACUACAUUUUAUUGACGCCGGAGCUAUUCUCAAUUUCUACAAAAAUGGAAGUGGCUGAAUAUUUUGGUGGUGACCACCUUCCAUUGACUCUAAUGUUAAACCUAAUAGAGCCACUCCCAGUCUCCUCAAACUAUAGAACCAUGGUACAAAGCCACCCUGUAUACAAAACAAAGAAAUGGACAAGCCUCAGCUCCUCUCUUGCCCUGGACAUACAAAAAUCAUUUGAUAUGUCUGCAGUUCCCUCUGAUCCAAUCCUGCCCGCUGACCAAUACCGGAAAUUACUUGAUGCUUUCUCAACAACUUACAUAACCACCACCUCGCCUACUUACCAACGCCUCUUCUCUGAAUCGCCCUGGUUUGACAAGGAAUGUAAAGCCCUAAGAAGGCGAAUUAGGAAAAUGGUCAGAAUCAUCAAAUCUUCCAACGACCCCCAAACCCGUGCAAAGCUCAUAGAUAUUAAAAGGACAUAUAGAAACAUGAUUCAUUGCAAGAAACAGCAGUACAUCUUUGAGGCUUGGUCCACUCUUCGCUCGGCUGUAGAGAGGCAUGACUCCCGCUCCUUCUGGCGCCUAGUUAGACCUUCGGCACCAUUCAAUCCAGCUACCCAGAUUUCCGCGGAUGAAUGGAUUGCUUAUUAUUCAACUAGUUUCGCUUCUCCAAACCAUCUUACAGAUCUCCUUCAAUCCCCAUUGGACCUCAGUUCCUGCUCUCUUAGUCCCACUUCUUCAAUAAACUUUACUCCAACUCGCAUUUUCAACAUCAUAAUGUCAAUGCAUAUGUAUAUGGCCGCAUGACCAGACAUGGUACCUUUGUACCUUUUCCUGACUGAUCCUCUUUGGUGGAGCGAACACCUGACUCCUGUAUUCACCGCUAUCUCCUCCGCCCUAGACAUCCCCGACUCCUGGAGAGAAGCUAUAAUAGUUCCGAUCUUCAAAGGCGGCCAGCCAAACAUCCCUAGGAACUAUCGCCCCAUCAGCUUAUUAACCAUCCCGGGAAAAUAUUUGCCGCUGUUUUACUGGAGGAACUUCUCUCAUGGGUCCAGGAGAGGAACAUUCUACCGCUAGAACAGAUUGGUUUCCGAAAGUCAGCGUCAACCAUGGACCAUUGUCUAACUCUCUUUCACCUUGCCAGUAAAUACACUGCUCCAAGGCAAGGCCACCUAUUUGCCGCUUUCAUGGACCUGGAGGCCGCCUUUGAUUCCAUUCCUAGGCAGAGAUUAUGGUCCAAACUUGCCCAUCUGGGAAUUGAUCCGCACCUUCUCUCCCUAAUUAUCUCCCUUUAUUCAAACACCACAGCUCGCGUCCGAACUAGUCCAAACGGCUCCCCACUACUCCAUUUCCAACGGCCAAGGGCGUCCGACAAGGUUGCCUCUUGGCCCCUUUACUGUUUAAUCUCUAUCUUCAUGAUGCAAUUUCCACUUUGAAGCUAGCAUCUAAGUAUCCUCCUCACUUAGCAGGCCACCCCGUUGCUUCCCUUUUCUAUGCUGAUGAUGCCGUCAUCUUAUCCAGAACAGCUGCGGAUCUAGCAAAUGCAGUUAAUGCAUUUAUCGCCUAUUGUAAGGCGGAAGCUCUUAAUAUUAAUUAUAAAAAUCGAAAGUCCUCCACUUCACUCGCUCCCGCAAACUCAAGUUGGAGCCGCUUAAGAUCACAGGUGGCUACUUAGAAAAGGUAAAAGCCUUUAAAUAUUUAGGAUUAAUAUUCACCUAUAAUCUCUCCUGGACCACCCAUCUACAAUCUGCCUUUCUCGCUGCAACCACGACCUCUAACGCCAUUGUCCGAUUUUACCACCAGAAGGGCGGCAAACACCUUCCAGCAGCAAUUCAAAUAUUUAAUGCCAAAGUCGUCCCUAAAUUAUUAUAUGGAUGUGAAGUAUGGACUACAGCAAUAUCAGGUAACCUGGAUCGUCCACUUCAUAUGUUUCUGAGAUCUCUUUCCGGCGUCCCGAGAUGUGUCUCAGGUGCAGCCCUACGACUCGAGUUCGCCCAGCCUUCAAUUGCUAGACGAGCAUGGAGCCGAGCCAUUUCCUACACCCUCCACCUAUUAGCAUCGGAUGCUCGAAUUAGAGGUGGCUUUUCCAAUCUGAUCCUAAGAGAUAUUCAUAAUUCCCCUUGGAAAACUACAAUUAACCUCAAAUUCCGCUCUCUUCUCAAUCUGAAUUGUAAAACUGUUCUUAACUUAGAGUGUAUCAGCCCGGUGGCCCUACCCCUAAUUAAAAAGAAACUACAGCAACUUGACUUCUCCAACACAGCUUCUUGUGCAAGAGGACCGUGUUCAGGCCUAGCCCUAGCUAUUCCACCCCUGAAGGGAUCCCUCUAUACUGCUUCACAAUUUCUUCGGAGACUAAGCGAAGGGCUUUUACCUGUGCCCGUCUCAACUGUUUUCCUACAGCAGUUCUGUCGGGUCGUUAUUCCAGAGUUCCCAUCGCAAACAGAACAUGCUCCUGUAAUGACACGGCCCUGGAGACUAUGGAACAUGUAAUGCUCUUCUGUCCCAACUGGACAGAUGAAAGAUCUCGGUUUUUAACUCCCUCGUGAAUAAGUUCCAUCUCCCAAUCCAGCCUUGGAUAGUGUCCCUCUUUUUGCAGGAUUCUGAUUGUUGGAUUACUGAGAUGACAGCUAAUUUCCUGCUUAGUGUGAUGAAGAGGAAAGCGGCACUAACUUCUUCCUUAACACCACAGAUGCAGUCGAUACGCCGCACAACCGAACGAAGUUCCAAGUAGCCUUAUUGUACAAGGACAAUCGAGUUAGGACUAAUCUGAGGAGCUGAAGGACCCUUUAACGGUCCUCCUCCAGCCCCAGCAGCUUUUUUUUUUUUUUUUUCACUUUCUUUAAGUAUUCGCCCAGGACGAUGUCUACCUCUACCUCCCCACCCCCAUUUUAUGUUGUUAUUUCAAUGUAUAUCAUGCUAUGGCCACUCGGCUAAUGCAAUAAAUAAACUGUUUACUGUGUUUUGUAUGUAUUUAUGUCGAUAAUUUUUUAUUUUUUAAAAAAGCAAUGCAGCACAAGUGUGUUUCUGAAAUAAAUAUCUUUUACUUAAUCAUUUUGCAUGUAUAUUUGUCAAUCAAAUUGGGAAGAGAAAUAGUGGGUGGCUUGUGUAUGUGUAGCAAGAAACUCUGUAGUCACUAGUUCGCUUCACUCAAUAUUAAGAACUGCAGCAGAAGCUGGGUAAGACAGGGCAGGUUGAACAGAACCAUGAACAAUUCCAGAGUAUUUUUCAGGGCAUUUCCACAAAGUCCUUCCCCUCAUUUAACUUCAGGAUAUUAAUUCUUGCUUACUUUUUUUUGUCAGAGAAUUUCUAAAAGUUUGGGCUCUGUGCCUGUUUGGAUAUCCUAAUUCUCACCUCUGCUUCUCCUGCAGCAUGGCUGCUAGGAGAUCAAGUAAGCACAUUUUAGUGCAGCCCCCAAACACUAACCUAAAUUAUGAUUUGUUGAAAUAAGGCAGCAUCAUAAAUCAUAGUUGGAAGCUGGCUAGUUUAAAAUAAACCAUAGUUAUGCUUAACCACUCCUUCAUGGAUCAUGUCGUGGCGAAGGGGCUUGAACAACUCAGAGAGCUGGACCAUAAAGAAGGCUAAUCACCGAAGAAUUGAUGCUUUUGAAUUAUGGUGCUGGAGGAGAUUCUUGAGAGUCCCAUGGACUGCAAGAAGAGCAAACCUAUCCAUUCUGAAGGAAAUCAGCCCUGAGUGCUCACUGGAAGGACAGAUCUUGAAGCUGAGACUACAGUACUUUGGCCACCUCAUGAGAAGAGAAGACUCCCUGGAAAAGACCCUGAUGUUGGGAAAGAUUGAGGGCACAAGGAGAAGGGGACGACAGAGAAUGAGAUGGCUGGACAGUGUUCUCGAAGCUACCAACAUGAGUUUGACCAAACUGCAGGAGGCAGUGGAAGACAGGAGUGCCUGGCGUGCUCUGGUCCAUGGGGCCAUGAAGAUUCGGACACAACUAAACAACUAAACAACAACAACGCUUAACCACAGUUUGUUGGAUUUGAACUAUGCAGCAAGCUGCAAUCAAUUAAAAACAGAAGCAAAUGUUUCUGAACUCCCUGGGCCAGAAGAGGAUGGGGGUGGAUUAGGACCUUCAUGUGAGGCUACCCUUGUUCCUGUCGUGAUAAACCAUGGACAGGCAAAGUAAGGCUCGGGGGCCAGAUACAGCCCAGUCGCCUUCUAAAUCUGGCCCAUGGACGUCCAGGAAUCAGAGUGUUUUUACAUGAGUAGAUGUGUCCUUUUAUUUAAGAUGCAUCUCUGGGUUAUUUGUGAGGCAUAGGAAUUGGUUCAUUUCCCCCCAAAAAAAUAUAGUCCAGCCCCCCACAAGGUCUGAGGGACAGUGGACUUGGCCCCCUGCUGAAAAAGUUUGCUGACCCCUGUAGAUAAACCAUGGAAGCAAGUAAAAAGUGUGUGCUCUUGAUCACAUUUUCUUCUGGCGGAACCACAUAAAUUGCCAGGUUCACUGCACAUCCAUGGAGCCUUGAACUCUUGUUUCCAACAGCAGACAGACAGAUUGGCCAAUGAAAGUCAGAAGCACGCAGUCGCAACCCCCCCUGGUGACCCCAGGUAUGGAAUAAUCAGAUGUGUACUGGUUUAAAACAUGGAGCCAUCAAUCCUACUUUCAGAACUCACUGCUGUUCAUUGACCUGUCCUUGGAUUUCUUUAAACCAUUUAGAAAGCUACAUCUAUGUGAGUGGUCAUCUUAAAUUCCACAGACAAAAGUAUGCAUUUUGUGAAGUAUAUCCUCUUUUUAGUCCUCCAUCCAUUGCCAAUCAAUUUCAUUGUGUUGGGAGAGUGAUUAAUACCUGGCAGCAGCAUCUGAAGCGGUAGUAGAAUAAUUCCUCAUGUUGAAUACUUUUGAUUUGGUGGUUGUCUUUUCACUAUGCUUUCCUAAGGAUUAACAUGGCGAUGUUUGUCCUUUUUAUUAUUACGGCACUUGUGCGAUACUAAAAAGAACUCAAGCAAUUUUGAGGUUAAACAAGCUUAUUAAUUAUACUGAUCAUCUUCACCUCCUAUUCUCCUGAAAUCAAGGGCUACUGUUUCCUGCACAAUGCAUUUCCAGAAAAUUAGGAUCCCAAACUUACAGUUUUGUCACUGAAUACUUAGAAGCAUCUCCCAUAAACCCACUGUACUAAAGCUUGUACUAAAGCUUCACUUAUUUUUCCCCCACUGUAAAUUUCAAACAGGAGCAAGGGUUAAUUACAGAAGCUAGCUCUCCAUCAACCUGUUAAAGUUGCCGAUAUUAGGCCCCUUCUCUCUUUUGUAUCUGUUUGCCUUUAAAAUUCCAAUUUGAGUCCAGAGAAGUUAAGGCAAUGAGCAUUAUGCCAUCUAAUUACAUCGGACAUGCUCAAGGUGUUUGAAGUUAAUACCUGUAAUUGCAAUGCUCCUGCUGUUCAAAGCAGCACACUCAAUAAAUAUUCAUAAGUUCAAAUAGCCACCUGCAACUUCUCCUUUGAAAACAUACAUGGUUUUCCCUUGGCUUUUUUCUUUUUAAAAAGUCUAUUACAUACAAGUGGUGGCAAAACUCUUUUGGCCUGAGGGCUGAAUUCGCACUCGGUCCAGCCUCUGAGGCCACAUGGCAGCAGUGAGUGUGGCACAUAGGCAUUAUGCACCUUUAAGCGCAGGCAAAAACAUUCCUUUCUGACCAGGCCUUUGGCUGAUUGUCAUCCGAUGCCCUUUUAAAAUGUGAUGGGUAGGAGGGAGAUAAUUGGGUUGUCCUUGUUUUUGUUUUUAGUACAGUGGUACCCUGGGUUACAUACACUUCAGGUUACAGACUCCGCUAACCCAAAAAUAUUACCUCGGAUUAAGAACUUUGCUUCAGGAUGAGAACAGAAAUCGUGCUCCCGCGGCGUGUCCAGCAGAGGGAGGCCCCAUUGGCUAAAGUGGUGCUUCAGGUUAAGAACAGUUUCAGGUUAAGAGCAGACCUCCGGAAUGAAUUAAGUACUUAGCCCAAGGUACCACUGUAUGCUGCUAAGUCCACUCACCUUCACUGGUGGGCAGUGUUGUGGCCAGGCAUCCGGGAUCCUUAGUGAUCCAGCCAGAGGAUGGAGGGAUGCUGCACGUGUCAUGCUGGUGCCUGGCCAUGUCACACCCCCAGCUGGCCAAUUGGUACAGUUGGGGGUGUGGCUGCAGGCCGUUUAAGAAGAAGAAGAAGAAGAGUUUGGACUUGAUAUCCCACCUUUCACUCCCCUUAAGGAGUCUCAAAGCGGCUAACAAUCUCCUUUCCCUUUCUCCCCCACAACAAACACUCUGUGAGGUGAGUGGGGCUGGCUGAGAGACUUCAGAGAAGUGUGACUAGCCCAAGGUCAGCCAGCAGCUGCAUGUGGAGGAGUGGGGAAGCAAACCCGGUUCACCAGAUUACGAUUUCACCACUCUUAACCACUAUACCACACUGGCUCAGUUGUGAUGUAGCCGGGGGGCAAUAAGGGUAUCCUGUUAAAGGGAUCCGGGGGUGUGAAUCCUGUCCGAAGCCUGGACAUGGGCUAGGGCCAUGCCAUGACCCCAGUGGGGAUUCUGUGGGGUGGCCCGAUUUGACGUAUGUCAUAGGGCUCCCCCUACUGGUGGUUUACCCUUAGUGAGACUCCUUGCAGAUGGGCAGGAGUCAGGAUAUAGCCUGGUUUCACCCAAUGCCUAAUCCAAACCGCUCACAUCUGUAACCAAUAAAGUUGUGGCCUCAUUUAUCCCAUAAACCUAAAAUAUCCAUGUCUGUGUGUUUAUUAUCUAAGGGAACUGCGGGGCCCAGGGCAUUGGUACGCAACUCUCUCUGAUUAGCCCUGUUUCAGCUGCAAAGCCAUCUCAACUCUGUAUCUUAAGUUUGCUCGUGUUGCUAUAUAGGCUAUAUAUAUAUUGCUAUAUAGGCUUGCAGAUGAGACCCCAAAAAAUGUAUGCAUUGCUUUUAACAAGUUUCCUCUUCCUUCCUUCCUUCCCAGUUGCCCAUACUGGCCUCCUCUGUGGUUAGCCUCUAUUUCCUUGAGCUGACGGAUGUCUUCAAGCCGGUUCACUCUGGAUUCAGUUGCUAUGACAGGAGUCUCAGUAUGCCAUACAUCGAACCUUCACAAGAGGCUGUUCCUUUCCUGAUGUUGCUCAGCUUGGCUUUUGCGGCACCUGCCAUUACGGUGAGUUGCAGAACAUCCCACUUACCCCUCUUAACACCCUUUCAAACUACUGUUGGCACAUCAGCAGAAGAGCAGAGUUCACGUUUUCAUCAGGGAAUGCUUGAGUAGAUCAGCAAAUGUUUGAGUCGCAUAGUUAUAUCUGCAUACAAGAGUGAUGUAGUGGUGGUUGUUUUGUUUUUGUAUUUAUUAUGUGUUUUGUGUUGUCUUUUUAUGCUGUGAAUUGCCCUGAGAUCUAUGGGUGAAGAGUGGUACAAUAAUGUGAAGAAGAAGAAGAAGAAGAAGAAGAAGAAGAAGAAGAAGAAAGAUAGAUGAUAGAUAGAUAGAUAGAUCAUAGAUAGAUAGAUAGAUAGAUAGAUAGAUAGAUAGAUAGAUAGAUAGAUGAAACUGUUCCCCUCUUUCUUCAGGAAGAGUGCAACCCCAUCCAGAUUAGGUGAUCCACCUAAUUUGAGGAGCAGCAUGGUGCAGUAGUUAUAGUGUCAGACUAAGACCUGUGAGACCAGGGUUCAAAUCCCCACUGGGUGAUCUUGAUCCAGUCACUCACUCUCAGCUUCACCUACCUCACAGACUUGUUGUGGGAAUUAAAUGAGGAGGACCAUGCAAGCCACCUUGAGCCCCAUGAAGAAAAAGGGAGGAUAUAAAUGCAAUCAAUAACGGCUAAAUAAUUCAGAAACUACUCCCCCAGGGCUUAUCCACACUUGCUUUUUGCCUCACUCUUUCCAGUAAGAGGACUGCACUUUAAUGUUCUGUGUCUGAGUGUGGUGGUUUGUCUGUUUGUUGCCCCCAGCUUUCCCUGUGAAAACCCACUCUUAAAACCAGAAUCGGAGCAAACAUCAGAGUGGGUUUCCCGCAGAUUGCCAUUUGCUCUGAUGGAGCUUUAGAGAGCAAUGUUAAACAAAACGCAAAUUUAAGAAUCCCCAUCAGUUGCUCUUGGUCGAAGUGACACCUUCAUAAUGGCUGUGUGGAGACAGAUCAUGUUUUCAGAAGCUGUUUUUGACAGUAGCUCUCAGCUUAUAGAAUCCCCUAGGUCCCUUUCGCCAUCUGCAUUCUUGAGGAAUUAUACAACCUCCGCUGCCCUUAUUUUGCUGUAGGGGAAAUAAGAAAAGCCCAUUAAGAUACACAGUGCAGCAGGGAGAAGGUUAUUGGGCUAGCAACAACGUCAGACCACUGAACUCUCCGCUCACCACGCAGCAGGAAGUCUGCUGCAUCAGCAGUCAUGGGUUUCCACAGCUUUUAAUUAAAGCUUCAACAUGAAGUAAAUAAAUAACACCUCGCCCGCGUUGCUUCGUACUUAAAAUACAUGGGGGUCACCCUGAUUAUUGGUAAUUAGAAUCCAUUUCUUUAUGGUUAUAUCUCCUCCCACAACAACAAAAGAGUGAGCAUUAAAUGUAUAUUCAUGCAUGUACAUUCCUUGACGACAGGCAAGUAAACGUGUGGAAAGGUUCUGCAUUUUGAAUGCCAGCAUCUGUCUCCGCUGCUAAAUCUCCAAUAGCUCAUUUUACACCUUGGAUGAAUUUGCUUUCAUCAAGGGUUGAACAGGCAAAUGCGUACCAACUCUAAGGUUGUGGGUUUGAGCGUGGUUGUUGUUGUUUUUAACAGUCCAUGAAGAACUGAAGAGAACUAUUACGUUCCAGUAGGUGCAAGAGAGAUUAAGAACAAACAUAGGUUUCUGAGCAUUGAUCUUGUGGUCGUUUCAGGCUUUGGGUAGGAUAUAAUCUAAACAAAGGAGCACUACUGAGUUUUUCCCUCAGUGCAUGAACAGCUUGUUGCAAUUUUUGCUUAAUACUCACAAGCCAUUCAGUCAGCUUAAAGCAGGCAUGACCAAACUCGGCCCUCCAGAUGUUUUGGGACUACAAUUCCCAUCAUCCCUAGCUAACAGGACCAGUGGUCGGGGAUGAUGGGAAUUGUAGUCCCAAAACAGCUGGAGGGCCAAGUUUGUCCAUGCCUGGCUUAAAGGAUGUUAACUCUAGAAUGGCCCCCAAACCAUGCCUUCUAUUGCCAGUGUUUAUGUGAGUGCUGUUGCUUAUAUAGACAAAAUGGCGCCCCACACACAGUCCCAUUGUGGGGGUUAGGGCCAAUGCAGGGCUAUUUAGGCCUGCCCUGGCCUGCCUUGAACCCAUUCUACCCAUCCUCCCUUCCUUUAUUCAGUACAGGCAUUGCUGGUCACCAUUUAGGACCAAAUUGGGAGGGGAGUCAACAGUUGAUUGGCCUUGGUGGUUUUAUUUUUCACUAUUCUGUACUGAUUUGCUGGCAGAUGUAAUGAACAAAGAUUAACCAAUAAAUAGGUUAAACUGGUGGUUAAAUAGGUUAAACAUUGACAGGUAUGUCUCCAGAGGUUAUCAGACAGUUAUAGUUGUAGUUCUGAGACUCACCUUCAGGGCUGUGGGACUCACUGGCAUGGUGAGGGGCACCUUUGGGGCCAACAUGUAACAUCAACCUAUAAUCCUGGGGGCCUCUUUAUUCACCUGAAAGGUGGGGCUUAAGGGACAGGUUAGAUGAAGUGGUACCCCUCCCCUUUGGCUGGUUGGCUCACCCGCAGUUUGUUAUGAGUAGGGAGUAUGUCUCACCAUUGUUCCCCUCUGCAGGGUUUGCGUUAAAAUAAUUGUGGCCCAAUUCACCCAGCCUUGUGUUUUUGUUUCCUUCCUUCCAUGUUUGGUCACUGAGCAGGGCAAGUUAUUACAGCUCAGCCCUGAUGGCAGUGUCAAAACAAGGCAUUUCAAAAUGUGAAUUCUCCACCCAGCGAUGAGUUUAAUUUAGUGUCCUUGGGCAUCACAUUGUAUCUUAGUAUCUUAAGCUAACUACCUGGGAGGGUUGAUGUGAAACAAAAAUUCUGAUCCUGGGGCUCUUUUGAGGACGGUGUGGGUGCAGAUAUUCUAAUUGUGUUUAUUAAUAUAUUAAUAUAUAAUCAAUCCAAGAAGCCCCAAAGCAUGCCAUUGUUAGAGAGGUGGAACAGAUCCAAGGUCAACCACUGUCCCUAUCCCAACAGAUCAAAAUAUCUCCCUUGCAAAACAAUGAGUUUUCAAGACAGUGAAAUGCAUUACAUCUAACCUUGCCAUGUUCUUGGAACAAUGUUAACAGGCACAAAUGAAGUUUGGUCUCUUAUGACUAUAUAUGAGUCCUUCUAAACAAAUCAUGCUCCGGUUACAUAAUUGCUAGCGUUGCCUUGAACUCUUCCUUUGUCAUAACAGAUCAUGGUGGGUGAAGGAAUUCUCUACUGCUGCCUUUCAAAACGUCGGAAUGGCAUAGGAGCCGAGGCCAAUAUCAAUGCGGGAGGCUGCAACUUCAACUCAUUUCUUAGGAGAGCCGUCCGAUUUGUUGGUGGGUUUUGGCUCAUGCCUUUGUUGAAGAAUUUCUGGUUUUUGAUUUGUAAGAAUCUUGCAGCUUUUAGUCUCUUUAAAAAAAUAAAUUGAAGGACAUGUCAGAUUUCAGAUCUACAAGAAUGUACCAUGAGGGCUGGGUCAAACAUCUUCAUAAGUGAUAUACAGAAAUGAAAAGAGACCACCAACAUGCUCAUAAUCGAAUAGGCAUGACACAAAAGGGAGAAAGGGAUGAGAAGGGAAGAGGAAAGUAAGAUAUUAUUUCUGAAGUUAUAUAAUCUCAUCAGUAUCAUCCAGUCUGGACAGGUGGGAAUCCCUGCCUUUGCUUAUGUUCAAAAUUGUAAAUAUUUCUGCAGUAUAAAAUAGUACAGUCUAGGAAGGAUAUCUGAAUUGGCCCUGACAUCUGGAAAUGUUAGCCUAAAAAUAAAUAAAUCAGGAGGUUGCUUGAUGGGCAGUAAAUAUAACACAUCAUAAGGAAAAGUCAACAUUUUGAUUGUAAAAAAAAGACUUAUUAUAGAUCCCCUUUUACAAGAGAAAAUGAGAAAUAAAUACACAGAUGCCAGUGAUAUUAAUUUGGCAUGGCUGUUUGAAAUAAAUAAUGAAAGUCUACAGCUAAAAUCAUUGGGGGGGGGACCCACACAUAUUGAGCAAUUUCUUAGCUUCACACCACAAAGUGCUCAGUAUCCAUUUUCCACAGUGCAUAAUGUGUUCCUUUUCAUUAUAAUAUUAAACUAUUGCACAGUCCAUUUACAAAGUUCCCACCCACUUUUCUCAGCACAGCUCAUCCCAUUGCUGCUUAAGUGGUGUAACAACAAGAGUAUAGAACUAGACAUGUAGAGCUCCAGGUUCAAAUCCCCACUCAGCCAAGAAGCUCAUUUGAUGACAAACAUCAUCUCUCAACCUUACCCUCCUCACAGGGUUGUUGUGGAGAAAGGUGGAUGGGAGCACCAUGUAUCCUGCUGUAAGAUGGUUGAAGAGAUGUAAAUAUCCUUUUUUUUUAUUAAAAAAAACCCAACUAAUUAUGAUACAUCAAUCAUGCUAUCCUGGGUAUAUGACUUUUAUUGCCAAUAAAAAUAUAAUACAUUCAGAAACAACAAAUAGAAAGUAAAAUUAAUACUUGGUGGAAGCAAGUCUUGUUAAAAUCAUUGCGGCUUGCAACUAAAUUACAUGUUUAGAAUUAGUUGAGCUACAAGGCCAGAACUUUGGGGAGAAGUCCAGACUGAGCAGAAGAGCCCCCAAACGCAGCAGAUCUUGCUAAUCACAUUUCGAAGUAAGUGAAAUAAUACACAUGCCACCCUGGUUUGCAUACUGCACUAAACCAUGGUUUACUGAACUGUGGCUUAGCUUGUAUAUGUGAACCCCACUCAGCAGCUGCACUGUGGUUUGCUUACUACCAACAAACCACAGUCUGAAGCCAUGCUUUUUGUUGACUUAAGAACCUUGCUUUGUUUUCAUUAUAAUAAAACAAUGAACAGGGUGGUGAUACAGUGACUACUGCAGUCGACACAAGAUAAUACCACGAAGGCAACUAUCUGUAAAGAAACAAUAAACAUCCAUAAAAAUGGCAAAAAUAGUUUCUUUCCCAAAUAGGUUUUAUAUUAAACAAUUGUAAGUGCUGUAAAGAAAGAGUCCGCUUGUGAUAUACCAGCGGUUCAGCUCAAACGUCAUUCCAGUAAUCAGACGUUUUGUCGCUAAAGAGUUUAGUCAUCAGCCUUCUUUAGGUUUAACAAACUGAAAGACACCGUCCCCUUUCUAUGUUCCUCCCAAUGGAAACAUGCAGAUGGGGACAGAUAUAUCUCUGCUUUAAGUCGUUUACAUACUGUCUUCUCUUGUAUAUUAUUUACUACAAAGCUUGAUGACUAAGCUCUUCAGCAACAAAACGUCUGAUUACUGGAAUGAUGUCCGAGCACUGAACCACUGUUAUAUCAGAAAUGGACUCUUCAUUACUGCGUUCGCUAUUGUUCAAAAUAACAUCUAUUUGGGAAAGAGAAGAAAUGAGCACUGAACCACUGAUAUAUUACAAGUGAACUCUUUCUUUACUGUAUCUGCUGUUGUUUAAGAUAAAACCUAUUUGGGAAGGAAACUAUUUUUGCCAUUUUUAUGGAUGUUUAUUGUUUGUUUACAGAUAGUUGUCUUGGUGAUAUUAUAUUGUUUUCAUUAUGGCUUGGUGUGAAUCCAGCACCUUUCAUUGCUCAUGGUUUGUAUGACACUCACCUGACUACAAAGGUGUUAUACAAGAGCCACGGGAAAACAAACCAGACUUUGGAGAAACAAGCCAUAGCCUGUUGGAUCAUCUGUGGCACAACUUGUGGCUAGCCCAUGGUUUGUUAAACAAACCAUGCCUUAAACAAACCAUGGUGUGAACCAGGCCACUCUCUAAAGAAGGGAGGCUCCCUUAAAACCAUUAAAUCCCUUAAAACCAUUACAGAAUUACCUAACUGCACCAAUGACCUUAUCCAUUUUUCACUGUUAAUUGGGCAUUGUUCUAUUGAUUCCAAGGGAGGCAAAGCACUCUAUUAUCCAGAUUAUGAUCCCAAGGCUAGAAGCAUGUUUUAUUACACAAGCAAACUCCAACUGGGAAGCAAGUCUUUAUGAUGAAGCAUCAUUUAACUAUGAGAACUUUACAAUUGUGGAGUGUGCAUGUGAAGAUAUAGCUGAGCUGUUAUAUACUAAAUCUAAAGAGAGGUUUAGCUUUAAGCCAUGACACGUUGCUCUCUGUGAAAACACAUAUUGAUUAAAAUACGAUAACCAAAUGAAAUUGUUCGAUGGAGCCAGAUUUGGGCCACAGGCCACCAGUUUGCCAUCCCUUGACCUAGGAUGAAGUGCUGUAUCUAUUUGGCCAAAGAUGUUAAGGCUUCUCCCGCUUCACUUCUAGGUGUCCACGUCUUUGGCCUUUGUGCCACAGCUCUCAUCACUGACAUCAUACAGCUGUCAACUGGGUAUCAAACGCCAUAUUUCCUGACUGUAUGCAAGCCUAACUAUACAUCACUCAAUGUAUCCUGCUCAGAAAAUUCUUACAUCGUGGAGGAUAUUUGCUCAGGAACCGAUCCCAUCAUCAUCAAUGAUGGAAGGUUAGACACAAAAAGAUGGGGGAGGGGGAAAAUAUGAUCUUUCAUUGUUUAUUAUGUCUUGGUUGUUUUUUUGGGGGGGGUUGUAGCUCAGUGGUAGAACAUCUGUCUUGCAUGCAGAAGGUCUUAAAUUCAAUCCCCAUCAUCUCCAGGGAGGGCUGCAAGAGAUCCAUGCCUGAAAUUCUGGAGAGCCAGUGUAGGUAAACAAUCCUGAGCUAGAUGGAUUAAUGUUCUGGCUCAGUUUAAGGCCACUUACUACAACCCAGUCAAAAAUGUGCUGCCAUCUGUUUUCAUCCAUAACUGUGGACCAAAAUUUUCUGAUAAUAUCUGAAAGCUUUUCUAAGACCUGGGCAUGCUUACAUGAAUUUCAUUCUCAUGAUUUAGAUAUAUCAUACCCAACUCCAUUAUGCAUUAAUAUAGCCAAGAAGCAGCAUUCAAGGGGAGAAGAGCAAGAUGAAGGGGGGAGCUUUGCAGAUAACAGCAGACUCUGUUUUCAUUGGCUCUCAUGAAGCCAUAUGGCACAGAUGGCAAGAUGGCUGGGGAGAGGAGCAAGAUCUGCUCCUCCAACCAAAGCUAGCUUCACAUUGACCAAGAAAUGAGAUAUGGCUACUUCGUUAUUUCCUUCACGAUCCCUGAUUAACAUCUAGAGCUGCCAGUGGUUGCACACAUUGUAGUUAUUUGAGAGAGUUGUGCAUCUGGGAUUUGCAAAGGAGAUGUGGGUACCUCCCUGCAUUGUUUAUUAGAAACUGGCUUCAAGGGGGAUGAUGGCCCCAUAAAAACAUAAUGACUAAUAAUAAUAAUAAUUUAUUUGUAUCCCACCCUCCCCAGCCAAAGCCGGGCUCAGAGCGGCUAAUAACAGUAAAAAUAGCACAGUUUACAUAAAAUCACAGUCAAUUAAUUGAAAUACAUUCUAAAAUCACUUCAGAAUCAAAUUAAUGGCAACCAUUAGGCUAGAGUUCUAUGAAGAUUACAGAAGGAGAGAGGGGGUCAGACUGUGCCUUGGCCAAAGGCCUGGUGGAACAGCUCUGACUUGCAGACCCUGCGGAAAGAUGUCAAGUCCCACAGGGCCCUAGUCUCUUGUGACAGAGCGUUCCACCAGAUUAGGGUCAUGGCCAAAAAAGCCCUGGCUCUGGUUGAGGCCUGCCUAAGCAUCCUGUGGCCCAGGAUCUCCAAGAUGUUUUUAUUUGAAGACCGUAAGGUCCUUCGUGGGACAUACCAGGAGAGGCGGUCCCAUAGGUACGAGGGUCCUAGGCCGUAUAGGGCUUUAAAGGUUAAAACCAGCACCUUAAACCUGAUCCUGUACUCCACCGGAAGCCAGUGCAGCUGGUAUAGCACCGGGUGAAUGUGAUCCCGUGGCGAGGACCCCGUAAGGAGUCUCGCCGCGGCAUUCUGCACCCGCUGGAGUUUCUGGGUCAAUCUCAAGGGCAGCCCCACGUAGAGUGAGUUACAACACACAUACGUAGGAGGGGACUGAAAUUUGGGGCAGGGAUUGCAUGAAUUAUUCAGAGAAGACAAACACAGAAAGGCUAGCAUCAAAUAUGUGGCUUGACCUCUUCACUCCCCAGAGCCUCCCCAAUAAUGCAGGAAACCAGUGCAGGGAAGAGUGUUCUUGCGUCCAUGUGCUACUUGUGGGUUUCUGAUUGGCCACUGUGAGAACAGGGUGCUGGACUAGAUAGGCCAUUGCCUUGCCUUACUUCCUCAUGUGCUUAACAGUGACUUCCCAUCACUUUGGCAUACAAAGCUGGCCCAGGCAUUAGGCAGGGUGAGGCUGCUGCCUCAGGCAGCGGAAGCCCACAUAUUGGCACUCCUAAAUACAUCCCUCCUGCCCUGCCACUUCCAGCGCUGAUUUUGGGAAAGAUUGUAUCCAUUUUGGCACGACCUUGCCUGAAAUGGAUGACAGCAGCACUCCUCCAACAGCGGAUGCGGCAGAGUGCACUGCGGCAGCAGAGUCAGCAGUGGCAGCGGCAGGUAUGCUGGUGGCAGCAGCAGCAGCAGGGCAAGGCAGCACUUCCUGUUUUGCCUAAUGUUAUGUACUGAGUUGAAUAGGAUCCAAAAUGCAGCACUCUGAUUGGUCCGCGGGAGCCACCCAAUCCAGCUCCAGGUGGAAGUGAACCCGCAACCUGAUUAGCCUACAGGAGAAUCCCGGAAUUAGCCAAUCACGUGGGGCCCAUUGGGUAAAUAAUGUAUAUAAAGCGGACAUUCUGAGGGAACUUCCAUUCCUCCUCACCACUAUGAGCUGAAUAAAGAGCAUGAAAUCCACUCUCGACUCUGAGUAUAUUUCACCUAUAGUGCCUCCCCUGGACACAUCACAUACCAUGUGUUGCCAUCUAUUUAUAUUCCCCAAGUGCAAAAAGUCAGUACAAAUUCUGCCGCUUUUCCACUCUGCCGCUUUUCUGCCAAUCAUAGUAGUACCAUUUUUCUUUACAGAGUAGUUGUACUUUUUUUUGGCAGAAGUUCUUAAAACCUGCCCAUGGCGGGGGAUCUUUAUAGCAAUUGCCUUUUUUCCCCCUUCCUUUUUUUUUUUUUUUUUUUGCAUUCUUUUAAGAGGAAGCGGGUGUUAAAACGUGGCUUCAAGAGACAAAAGUUCAAAAAAAAAAGUGAUGUUAAGCAUCAUUCCCAGCCACUUGCUCCCUAAAAUUUUCCUGCCUCACUUUGCAGUUGUUUUAUCACCCAAAACAGUUCUGUGCUUCUGAACAUUUAGUGCGAAAUGCACAUAAAAAUGUAUGCAUUUGUGAAAAUAUACAAAAAUGUGCUCUUUGAUGAAAAAAUGUUUUGCAAAAUGGGACUAUUGGGGAAAAUUGCAUACACACACACACACACACACACACACAUACAUGCAAAUAGAUGUGCAAAUGUGGAGAAUUGAAUUUAAGACUGGAAAAGUGAAAUAGCGAAAGAAGCUGAAAUUGGCAGAUCCGCCUAUAUCUAUGUUCAAAUGAUAAGCAUCAAUAUCAUUUAAUUAUACGGUUCCGAUCACAUGAUAAAGAUCAAGUGAUGCCUUGCAUGUGUGAAAGGGCCAUUACAGCUCCGACAGACAAGACAUGCAUUUUCAUUCACAUCAUGCUUCUCAAUUUAGCUGCAAAUCAUCCCAUACGGAGCAAUGAAGGAUAGAGAAAUCAAGUGAUACACAUGUAUGUAUGAGCCUGGCCUUAAGUGGGGAGAGAGAUCUCUCCACUGUUGAAAUUAAUGGAUUUCACCCAACAUUAGUCAUACUCAGAGUAGGUCCAUUUGAAGUAAUGGGGAUGCCUAACUUAAAUCCAUUAUAUAUCUAUAACUAUAAAUAUCUAGAUAGAUAGAUAGAUAGAUAGAUACUAUAUAUAGAUAUAUAGAUAUAGAUAGAUAGAUAGAUAGAUAGAUAAAUUUUCAGUAGCACCUUAGGGACCUAAUAAGUUUGUUCUGGGUAUGAGCUUUCGUGUGCAUGCACACUUCUUCAGAUACUUCAGAUGCAUGCGCACUAAAGCUUAUACCCAGAACAAAUUUAGUUGGUCUCUUAAGGUGCUGCUGGACAUUUUUUUAUAUAUUUUGACUGCUUCAGACCAACCCAGAUGCCUACCUGAAUUAAGUCCAUUAAUCCUGAAUUAAGUCCAUUAAUUCAAGAAGUCUAUUCUGAGCAGAAUUUAUUUGGAUGCAACCCAAUGGCGAUAAUUACUCAACCUUUUUUUCCUAGAUUGUUGUGCAUUACAGAUUCUUCUGUGUAAUUGUAGAAUCUGUCCAUUGCAAUACGUAAAUCAAAACCCACAUUAUUUGAGACCAGAAGUUUACUCUGUUAAUGGUGCCUAAAUUCCACAUUCUCUCCAGUACACUGAAUGGGGUUUUUUUUUAAAGCCGUAUAGCGUGAUGAUAUUACAGCUUGUAAGUUAAAUAUGAUUACAAUACUGGACCACCCAGUGCUUUGGUUAUUUUUAAAUCAGCCCUUGCGGAAUGUAUUUUUAAGUGAGAAAUUUAAUUUGGGUGUCCUUCCUUUGCAGAAAGUCAUUCCCUUCGCAACAUGCCACCCUGGCAGCAUUUGCAGCUGUGUACGUUUCGGUGAGUAAUUAAGCCUCUUUGCAAUAACAUGGACAAAAGGGUAAAGUCUGAAUGUCAUUUCAUGUCUUGUUUAAAGCAGGAAGGUUGAGACUGCAGAUGCCAAGCGUCCCCCCCACAAAAGAAGCAGAAAAAAACUUUUUCUCUGCUCCCCCAUUUAUUUAUUUAGGGAGGUCUGAAAUAGAAAAAAGCGGAAAUCAGGGCUGAAAUUAGAGGGUAAAAUUUUAUGAAAUUGGUUUUUUUUAAUUUCAGAAUAAGUCAAGUACUUCUUAAAAUGCCACCAAUUCACAUUAAUGCAGAUCAGAUGCCUCUAACCUCAGCAUCAAAUGAAUGAAACUGAAAAGAGUUGAGAAGUUUGUGUUAAUUUCUACAAACUUUCCAUGUUUCCAUGGAGUUCAAAGCGAAAGCUCAGGAUGAGAAGCUAUGGACCUUUCAGGCUUAAGGAGAGGCACAUUACUAGCUCAUUAAGGAAACAAGAAAGCAAACCAUCCCACCUGGGAGAUUUAACUAAAUUGCUUUUUUUAAUGUUUUGUUUUGUUUUAAAGAUGUACUUCAAUUCCACGUUAACCGACUCCUCUAAACUUCUGAAACCGCUCCUAGUAUUUGCAUUUAUCAUCUGUGGGAUUAUAUGUGGACUGACUCGCAUCACCCAGUACAAAAACCACCCAGUUGAUGUUUACUGUGGCUUUUUAAUUGGAGGUGGAAUUGCCCUGUAUUUGGUAAGUAGACUGGAAUUGUGCGGAGAUGCCUGCGUUUUGGUAGCUAAAUGCCGUACAAAUAAGAAAUAUUUUGUUUCACUUUUAUUUGUAAUAGAUUCUGUUCUGCGCGAUACUGUAGAACGGAGGUUUUCAACCUUUUUGAGUCCAUGGCUCCCUUGACCAACUGCAUUCUUUUUUGCAGCUGUGGGGCAUUGUGCUCUAAGCCUUAGAAGCCCAGUUAUGUCACCCUUGCUAGUGUGGUGUAGUGGUUAAGGGCGGUGGACUCAUAAUCUAGUGAACCGGGUUCGCUUCCCCGCUCCUCCACAUGCAGCUGCUGGGUGACCUUGGACUAGUCACACUUCUCUGAAGUCUCUCAGCCCCACUCACCUCACAGAGUGUUUGUUGUGGGGGAGGAAGGGAAAAGGAGAUUGUUAGCUGCUUUGAGACUCCUUAGGGUAGUGAUAAAGCGGGAUAUCAAAUCCAAACUCCUCCUCCUCCUCCUCCUCCUCCUCUUCUUCUUCUUCUUCUUAGUUGAAACUAAGUUGAAACCAAUCUAACCUCCUUGAGGCUCGGGACCUCCAAAGUGUUGUUAUUUGUGGACCUUAAGGCAUACCAGGAGAGGCGGUAUGAAGGCACCAAGUUGGGGAAAGUCAGCCUAAAAUCACCACCCAGCACGCGUUGAGACAAGUGCCUGAACACUGAUACCAUUAAAAUGGAUAAGGCCAGCUGUAGCAGCCUUAUAUCAUUUAUAAAGCCCAUUUGGAGUACACGUAUGAUGAACUUGGCGUUCUUCAAACUUGAGACUUGUUUUUGUCCUUAGAGAGUGCAAUGCAUUUUCUUUUUAAUGGACCACUGAAUGUGUAAAUAGAGUGAAGCUCAAGCUCCUGCUGAGGUUCUGCACAAAUUGAUUUGAAACUGAUGAAUUUGUCUCUCGCCAAGAUAUUGCAUUACAUGGCUAUUAAGCAACAGAAAGGGCAUAACCUUUGAGCAGAAAACUAAUCAGGUUGAGGCCACGAUCGGUAAAUCAGGCUGGUGUGACUGUAAAAUUGAGUGUGAGGGACAGGAAUUAUCCCAAAGCUGAAAAUGAAUAUGAAAUAGCAGUAUUUACAUUAAGAAAAAUAAUCUUUUGAGAAUUCUUUGAAAUUUAUGUUCAGCAACGUUGAUAACUUGCCUCGGAUUGAUUUUUGUCCUAAUUCAUUUACUGGUGAAUUAUGAUGAGAAAUCAUCACCUUAUCACAAACUUAAAUGGUAAAUGAUAGCAUUUCUAGUAGGUUAUUGCUUUUAUUUCCAUUCUUCUUCAUUUUAAGCCACAUUGUUUAGUAAAUGAUGCACUCAAAAUGGUUUUUGAUUUGGAGGUAAGCUCUGUUGAAACAUCAGUGGAUGCUUCCCACAGGGGUCGAGAUCCAGAGGAUGGUUUGGCUUAACCCAAGCACCCAGCAAGGGCUUUGAAAGGCUGAUGUUUCUUGCCCAGAAGUAGCCCAUCUGGCAAGCAACUUUUGAAAUUUAAAUUAUGGGAUGUUUCAAAACAAUUGGUGAAGCCUGUUGUUUGGAGCAGGGCGGGGAACAGAAUCCCACUGGGCAUGCCCAAGAUAUUAAAAUAUGUCAAGGCGACAUUUCCAGAAAUGUCCUGCAAUUUGCUGGCCUGUCUGUGUUGGUCUCUCGAGACAUAUUAGAACCAAGACUUCAUAAAGUGGAUUCUCAUUCUAGCUUCUGCACACACAGUCACUGAAUGUCAAUAACAUCCAAAUAUUUAUUUUUCAUAAUGGGAUCCUGUGUUUUCUUCUCCCACGCCAGGGCCUGUAUGCUGUGGGGAACUUCCUGCCGAGUGAAGACAAUAUGUUCAACCAGAACCCGCACAGAGAACCGUUAAGGUCUUUGACUGACCUGAGCCAAGAUCCCAGUCGAAUUUUACCAGGGAAAAACGGAAGCGGCAAUGACGUCAUCCCCCCUCACCAUGCCGAGAGUAUGUUAAACAGGAACCACAGGGACACUGGCUCUCUGACCAACCUCAAAAGGGCAAAUGCCGACGUAGAAAUUAUAACGCCGCGAAGUCCAAUGGGGAAGGAGAACAUGGUGACUUUCAGCAACACACUGCCGAGAGCCAACACGCCUGCGAUGGAAGAGUCAGCUCGUCGGAACGCAACCAUCCAUGCAUCUAUGGAUUCUGCCCGCUCCAAACAGCUUCUGUCCCAGUGGAAGAACAAGAAUGAAAGCCGGAAGUUGUCCCUGCAGGUGAUAGAGACGGAUUCUGGGCAGUCGCCACCUCGAGCAAUUGAGAUGAGGUCUAGCUCUGAGCCAUCCAGGGUUGGCGUUAAUGGCGAUCACCAUGGGCCUCCCAGUCAGUACCUGAAAAUCCAGCCGGGCAGCAUGCCAGGCUGCAAUAGCGUUGGCCUUUCUGGUGGGCCCAGAGUUUCUAUUCAGUCCCGGCCGGGUUCUUCACAGCUUGUCCACAUCCCCGAAGAGACGCAGGAGAAUGUGAACACGUCUCCCAAAACGAGCUCCGCCCGAGCUAAGUGGUUGAAAGCCGCCGAGAAGACUGUCGGGUGUAGAAGCAACAGCCAGCCAAGGAUCAUGCAGGUCAUCGCCAUGUCAAAGCAGCAAGGCGUCCUUCAGGGCAGCCCAAAGAGCUCCGACGGCAGCACGGUCACCUGCACGGGCUCCAUCCGAUACAAAACCUUGACGGACCACGAGCCGAGCAGCAUCGUGCGAGUCGAAGCCCACCCCGAAAACAACAGGCCCAUCAUUCAGAUGCCGUCAGAAGGCGAAGGAAGUGGCUCGUGGAAAUGGAAAGCUCCCGAGAAAGGAAGCCUUCGUCAGACGUAUGAGCUCAAUGAUCUCAACAGAGACUCGGAGAGCUGCGAAUCUUUGAAAGACAGUUAUGGAUCCGGGGACAGAAAAAGAAGUAACAUCGACAACAGUGAGCACCACCAUCACGGGAUGACGACGAUCAGGGUCACACCAGUGGAAGGCAGCGAGAUUGGCUCAGAGACCCUGUCUGUUUCCUCCAGCCGUGAUUCUACGCUUCGGAGGAAAGGUAAUAUCAUUUUGAUUCCUGAAAGAGGAAGCAGCCCGGAGAAUACCAGGAACAUCUUCUACAAGGGAACAUCCCCCACAAGAGCUUACAAAGAAUGAGGCUCGGUGCAUCCGCCCAGCCAUGCCAUUGACAAUCGACACCGUUUGGUACUAGCUUUGUGCUCUCUCUACUUUUGAGCUGAUGCCGAAAUAUUCUUGAUGUGCCAAAAUAUCGACCAUCAGCCUGACCAUUUUUGGAUGUUGCUGAUGUGUAGUGAUUGUGCAUGAAUUUGUGGGUUUCAUGUUGCAGUGGAGGGGGAGGGGGAAGCACAAAUGCAAGAACCUAUCAAACGGGAUGUUUCCUAACAGGUUUUUCUUUUCCCCCAGACUCAAAAUGUUUUUCCAAUGGGAACAAUGUCAACAAAAACAGCAAUCUUAAAUACAGACACCUUAUUUCCUGAAUGUGCCAACUUUUUGAUUUAUAUAUGUCUAAGGACAAUGGGCAAAAGGUGUACUAUCAGUGUUGUACUUCACCUUUGCGGGUUUUGCACCAAAAUUUAAUACAAGUCGGUGCUGAUUCUAACUUUACUUUUACUUUUACUUUUUUAGUAAACUUACAUACCUGUUCAUUGCUACAGACACAUGACGUUUUGAUGUGUAAUUCCUUUCCAAGUGAUAUUGCUGAAAAUAUGAUGCUGGCUGCAUUCAUUUAGAGUAGAAAAAUAUUGACAGCUGUGUUAUAGUGGGUAUUUCACAUUAAAAGAUUGCAAAGGUUUUGUGUAGUUCUUUGAAAUGUUUACUGGAACAAAAAAAAACCAAUGUGAAUGAUACUCCAUGAAAAUGGAAACAUUUUCUCUUCUGGUUAAUUUUUCUGUUUCUUUCCAAUUGUUUAGUUUCAGGUGCUACAAAGAGGUCACUUCUCAGUGAGCUAAUCUGGGACUAGUUGAAAUAGCAUGGGAUUUUUUAAAAACAAACAAACAGGGAUCUCUUAGAGCACUGAUUAACACUUCAUUUUUAACAGUUUCUCGAUUUGUCUCAUUGCUUAUCUUUCCUAAUUUUUAUUCAUUAUUGACUAUCUAGUGUUUCACUCUGAUAAUUGCUACUAUGUUGUAAAGAUGGGGGGGGGAAUUAUAAAUCAGGCUUCCGAAUCAAUUAGCUGGAUUGGCCAUAGGUAUCGGGGCCUCCUAGACAAGAUUUGGGCCUGUUUGUACCCUCCUCCAGAACCUGAGCCACAUUCUCUGCCUUCGGAGAUGACCUGAACUUAAUUAAGAAUGCCAAGCAAUCCUAAUGCGCUGACCUUAACCUCCUUUUAGCUAGUAAAACCGUCAAGGGGUUGACCUGAAACAGCAUCAGUGAAAUUACUGGGUGUUAAAGUUGCGAGGUCCUAUCCCAGAUGGGUUUAUACCAUCGUAAAGACUCAAAGUAAGGCGACAUUAAGCAGGUACAGUAUUUUAUCCUGUAUCCCUGCAAUACUGUGGCAGUUUAGCCUUCCUCUGAGUUAUUUAAGAUCCCAUAAGGCAAACCUGAUGAGGGUAGUGUCAGGGAACGAGACAUCUGGUAAUCUCUCUGGGCAUAAUACCAUAGACAAAAGUCCCAGUCCAGUGGAUGGGCUAACCCUGUAAUUUGUGGGAAACUGCUGAUGAAACACGUAUUUGAGCUCACUCCAAGACGUUGCUCCAUCACUUGUUUGGCUUGGCACAUAAUGCCCAUUAAGCUACUCCUAGAAUGUUCAUUGGGGUUGUUGUUAUUUUGAGAUUUGGAAUGGCCCGCAACAGCCAAAUUAAUACACAAGUGCUGUAUUGUACCACAGAUUAGAUUCAGUGGAUAUUCUCAUUAAUCAUACUUUUCAGUUAGGGAUUUGAAAAGCCUUUCCUUGCUGUGAACUCAUCCUGAGGAGAGGAGAUGGUGCCGAGAUUAUUUUCUAAGGAGAAAAUUGACUGGUUUGGAAUUGGGAUGACAAUCACAGCCUGCUUGGCUGAUGAUCAGGGAUGAUGGCAGUUGUAAACUGAAGUGUUGCCCUAAGUCAUACAGAAUGUAGCUAAUGGGGAUAUCUAGGGAUAGACAAACCACACUAUUUUUUAUCUGAGACAUUUUCACAUUUAUUCACUCUGUCCCUUCCAUGUUUCUGCAUUAGUUUGCUAUUUCUUUUAUAAAAAUCUGACAUGAAAAUUCACAUUUAAAUGUGACUUUUAAAACCUAUUUCUCUCAAAAUAUGAUCUUUUAAAAGAAAAGAUACAAAUGUUAAAGCGUAUUUUAAAACACAUUUUUAAACAUACGGUAUUUUGAUACUUUCUGUUUUGCCAAGAACUGCAUCAGAAUAUUCAAGAAGUGCAAAAUCUGUAGUGAAACAAAAUUCCAAUCUCCACAUUAAUCUGGAGACACGGAUAAGAUUAAUUCAUAUCAGAAACUCGCAAAGAUCAAAUUCUGUGAAUGCCUUUUGCAGUAGUCAGCUAGAAGCGUUGAAAGUCACAGGAGCAUCUACUAUUUGGAAAAUCUGCAGACCUAUCCAGAAUCCAAUGACCUCAAAAUACUUGGAGUUGUACCCAACUAAGUCCUGCUCAGAGAGGAUUGAUUGAAAAUAAUGGACCUAAAUUAGUUGUGUCUAUUAUUUUCAGUGAGUCUAUUCCAAGCAAAACUAGCACUGGAUACAACCUUUGGAUGCUAAUGAUUUUCCUCCUCCUUACUUUUUCAUUUUGUUUAAAAUAUUUGUAGGCCGCCUUUCUGAGUAAAACCCACUCAGUGCUAUAAAAUAACAGACAAAAAUAAAGUGGGUAUAAAGAUACAAAGUUAAUCUAAUUAUGCAAUCACAUACAUGUGUUCUUGGAAGUACAAACCUCACUGGGUUCAGUGGGACUUACUUCCAGGUAUCUGUGUAUAGGAUUGCAGCCGUUUCCCUUGCCAAGGGGCCCAGUGGUAUUUCCCCCUCACCACAGCUGUGAAGUAAAUUAGACGGAGAUAUCGAUUUGCCCAAGAUCAGCCAGUUUCACAGCUGAGCUAUGCAUUCACACCUUGCCCCCAUCAAAAGCUAGUCUCUGGGGUCCUAAAACAGAGGUCAUUCCCAGUUUCCCUACCUGAGAGCCUUUCACACUUACCCAAACAGUGACAGUACUGAGGUUUCACACCUGCAAAACGCGCUCUCCUGCGCUAUCUUCAGAUAACGGCUCGAAAACCCCAUGUCAGUCCCAUGCAACAGUAUUUAGCAGGCAAUGACUUGUGCAGAAACAAAAGCCCCAUGUGCAGUGACUUCAGAGAGCAGGUUGGGUUUAGCAUUUCUCAUCUGGAUUCGAUUCAAAGGCACCAUUAAUCUACAUACCAUUUUGCGCCAAUGAGUGCGCCACGCUGAGAACUGGGGUGGAUAUCCAGUUGUAUCUCCACAUCCCAUUUCAACAGACCCUGUGUCGGUUGCCAUCCAUGCAAAUUCCCAAUCCAGCUCAGGAACCAAGCAUGCCACCCUGGUCGCUGGAUGCAGGCAUCCGGCCAGCAGAUUUUCAUAUCCAGCACUUUCUUGCACCCAAAGAUCCCAACGUUUUGUGUAGAAAAUCUGCCUACAGAUCUACCUAGCUGGGUUGGGGGUGACUGUUUUCCAUACACAGUAUUUAUAAGCAUUUUUAAAAAACUGUAAAACAACCCAAGCAGAUCUGCUUGGUAUUGACCUUUCCCUCCCACUUUUUUUUUACAAAAAAUAUUGCAAACACUUGGCUUGAUGAGGGAUUGUAGUUUAGUUUAGAUACACCAAGCAGGGAAGACCUUGAAACGAAGAGAUAGGAUGCAAUCAAGGCUGACCUAGAAAUAUAGUGAGAGAACACAGAGUUGUUAAUAACUUGAUAAUCUAAGAAGGGAAAAUGACAAUUUAAGCAACUGCAAUAAUACAAGGACUAAAAAAUAGCCCUUCUGGGAAAGCAGCUUAUUCUGUCAACAAUAGGUAAAGUGGAGUGAGCUUUAGUGGGAGCAAUGGUUUGUAGUUUGCUUUGUUUUAGUUAGUUUACCAUAGAUAAAGGCAUCACAAGUUGCUUUUAAGUCUCUGAAAUUCACUGCAUCCUUUCAAGUGCAGUGUGCUAUUUUUCCUACCUAAACUUUUCCUACUUAAUAGCAGACAAUUUUAAAAGCACUUGCAGAAUCAUUGUAAUUGCAUUCUUUACUUAAAAUAUUGAAAAUACUCUUUUUUUACUCGGAAGUGCCAAAGGCUACUCUUUUUAAUACUGGCUUCUCAGAAACAUAAUUACGUUAAAGAACAAAAUAAUAACAAUAAGAUAUACAUUGGAACUCUUGACUCCGGCAUGUAUAUCAUUUAUGGAGCCUUUUAUAAAAUUAACCUUUGUUUACAUUCCACUGAUACCUUAAUUUCAAACAAAUCAGAUAAAUUGACAGGUGGCAUCUUCUAGUUUUUUCUUACUCGCUAAAACAGGCACCAAUUUCUUUGUUAGGCUGUGCUUUACUAAGAAAAACAAAUAAAUUGGGUAAAAUACAAGAUAUGUUUUUAAACGAGAAUUCUAUAUAAAGUAUUGUGUUCUAAUAAAAUGUUAUGCACUGUUUUAAAAUGAAAACAAAAAAAACUAUUUGUAAAUUGCUAUAAAUGUAUUUUGUUAAAUAAUUACAGAAUCAAUGCUACUGUGUGAGUUUAUUGUGCUAAUAUCAUUAAAAUAAAUAUGAAAUUCCUCAUUGAAGC